UUUUUUUUUUUUCCGUUCCUCAUCACCAUUGGGCUUUUUUUAAGUUAUGCUCCAUUUCAAUUUGACCCAGACCAUGUGAAGAUCCACCCUUAUUCGCAUCCUUUUGAUUUGAAAAUCCCUCCAAAUUAAAGCCUAAUAUUGGAUUGACAUUAUUCCAUGAUUUUCUCCUAAUACCAUCCCUAAAAUUUCACCCAAAAUCUUGCCUUCCCUAAUUUGCUUCUCCAGAAUCUCCAUCGUCACCCUUCCUCAGCCAAACAUUGUUUGUGGCGAAAGCCUUCCUCGAUUGUGUCUUUAACACCAAACUCCACCCCAAUUCCACCUCUUUCGAGCCUUGGCUAAGUCUAACAAGGCAGAAAUUGUCAUUAUGGCCUAAACACCUGCACAUAAAACAAAAUAACAUUAGCCUUUCAUAUUGGAAAUUCACAUAAAUGAACUUUGGUGGAAAAAUCAUAAUUUUGUUUCAUCUCUUUAAAGGGCGCCUAAUAUCCAUUUGAACCCGAAUUCAGAGAUAGUUCUUCAUUCCCCAAUUUAUUUACUUCAUAUUAUAUUCUAUGACUUUCCCAAUAAAGUUUCUCAAUUGUAUUACUACAGGUUCUGAAUAAAAACCUGGAGGGAGAUCAUGUACCUGGAUCCAAAAAGAUGAGAAAACCAGUGAGAUUUGCAUCAUAUCUUCAUUUUCCCCUAAUUCGUGGAUCACCAACGAGUGAUUGUUAAAAGUCCAAGGCGUUCCAUUGAUCACUUGUUCAAUGUCUAUCUCAUGAAAAAAUUUAAACAAAAAUCACUUUUUCCCCAAAUAAGAUAUCUUUACUAAAGAUUCACCGUUGUGUUUCUCAUAGCCAAAAAAUGAACUACACUUGCGAUAAGAAAACAUCCUACCAAGCAAAGCUAAUAUACCGAUUUUUGGGAUUCCAAAUCAGCCGGAAUUAACAACACCUCCUUUUCCCUUUCAUCUAAAUUUAUGGACUAAAUUGUGAAAAGCUGGUAAGUUCAGAGGAUAUAGUAAAAAUUGGCAAGUUUAGAACUAGACUUUAUCCAUUUUCAAAUUAAAAAAAAAAAGUAACCGGGAAUAGCAGGUAAUAAACCGGUCACUCUUCAAUAAAAUACUGCGAACAAAAGCCAAUCUUCACUAUUCUCUCUUUUCCACUCAUUGGUUCUUUACUUCUUGCUCUAAAUUAUAGAGAGAAAAUUCGAUUCCUAAAGAUCGAACCCUUUUUUUUUUCUUCUCUCGGUUUCUUUUCAAGUCUCCGAUCAAAUUUUCUCGGGAAAAUGAAAGAGAAAGAAAGUACUGAAUUGUCAGCAAAUUUGUCAGUUUUUUCCCUUAAGACAGUGACUGAAACCAAACGACGCAGUUUCACAAACAAACACUGCACUAACUUUUUCUUUUGAGGGCUUCCGAGCUGAGUUGGAGACUUUGAGGAUAAGGGAAAAUGGGGGUUGUCAGGGUUCUUGUAAGGUAUGCUCUGGAUGGUAAUGAGAGAGAGAGCUGUGUGGGUUUUUGAGGAUUUGAGUGAAGGUUGGAGUGGUAGAAUUGUAAAUUUGAGGUUGUCUGGUGAAAAGCUGAGAUCUAGUUUCUGAGUUUUCAAAGGGCUGUUAAAGGUUUUUUUGAAGUGGUUGAAGCUUUGUAUUUUGAGGAAUGUGAUGUUUUACUGGAUUUUUGUCAGUGGGUUUUUAUAAUUUUGAGGGUUGAAUAGGCAAUGUUUAGGGUGGGGAUUGGAGUGAACUAAAGAGCUGCUAAAAUGAGAACUUAGGAUUGCUUUGCGGUUACAAAAAGCUGAGAUCUCUAUAGUUAGUGUCUGUGUUUGUGAGUUUUUCUCAAUCUAUGUUGGGUGCACCGAGAUUGAGGUCAAUGAAUGCUCCUGAUUCCGAGGCACGGCCUGUACUGGGACCGGCAGGGAACAAGGCCGGUUCAUUGAGUGCAAGAAAACCAGCUUCAAAGCCUUUGAGGAAGGUUGAAAAGUCUCCAGCUGAGGUCACUGCAACAGAGGAGAAAAAAUCCCUUCCAUCAUCUAUUGUUAGUUCACUUUCUCCGAAGAAACAUUCUGUCAGUGUUCCUUCAGUGCUUCGUCGCCAUGAGAAGUUAUUACAUUCUAAUUUAUCACUAAAUGCUUCAUGCUCAUCGGAUGCUUCCACGGAUUCAUUUCACAGUCGAGCAUCUACUGGUAGGUUAAUUCGGUCAAAUAGUGUUGGAAGUAGGAGGAAGCCAUAUGCGUCAAAGCCAAGAAGCUUUGUUUCUGAUAGUGGUUCGGAUUCGCCAUCUGAUGGUUCACAUCAGAAAAAGAGAUGUGCGUGGGUGACACCAAAUACAGAUCCAAGUUAUGCCACUUUCCAUGAUGAAGAGUGGGGAGUUCCUGUACACGAUGACAAGAAAUUGUUUGAGCUGCUUGUACUUUCGGGUGCAUUAUCUGAACUUACAUGGCCUGCUAUCUUAAGCAAAAGGCAAAUGUUUAGGGAAGUUUUCAUGGAUUUUGAUCCUGCCGCUGUAUCAAAAUUGAAUGAGAAGAAGUUAAUAGCACCUGGUAGCGUGUCAAGUUCUUUGUUAUCAGAACUAAAGCUUCGAGCUAUUAUUGAGAAUGCACGCCAAAUAUCUAAGGUUAUAGAUGAGUUUGGGUCAUUUGAUGAAUAUAUUUGGAGUUUUGUGAACCACAAGCCUAUAAUAAGCAAAUUCAGAUAUCCUCGCCAGGUUCCUGUUAAAACCCCAAAAGCAGAUGUCAUAAGCAAAGAUCUGGUAAGAAGGGGUUUUCGAAGUGUGGGGCCAACGGUCAUCUACUCGUUCAUGCAAGUAGCAGGAAUAACAAACGACCAUCUCACGGGCUGUUUCAGAUUCCAGGAGUGUACAACAGCAGCAGAAGGAAAAGAAGUUGAGAUCAAAGAGAGGGCUGAAGAAAAAAAACCCGAUAAUAGUGUUAGUGUGAUCGAAUCAGAAUUAUCCAUAGCUAUCGAUGAAUUGAGUUUCUCCUGCGAAUGAUGUUGACAGAUGGCAGAUGGUGCUUCAGGUUUAAUCAUCCGUUCACCCACAUUGAUUAAUUCACUACGCUUUUGGGUGGUAAUGAAGGUGGUUUUGUGUAUAAAAACUUUCAUGAAUACUUGUGCAUCAUGAAUUUGCUAGUUUGUAGAUUUCUGAAAAAGUAAAUGAAAAUUUAACUGGUGAAUGUGCUAUUGAUGGAA